GCGGGACAGGGAGCGGGGCCGGGCGCCGCCGGAGCAUGCGCGGGCCGCGCGCGUCACGGGAGCGGGCGAGGCCGGCGGGAGCGCGGAGCCCCGGUGCCCCCCCCCCACGGUCCCUCCCUCUCGUCGCCGCCGCCGCCGCCGCUCCCGCGCCUCCAUUCGGCCCCGCCGCCUGUGACAGACCCGCCGCGGAGGGGAGAGCCGCGAGCACGGGAGAAGGGAAGGACCCUCCCCUCGCCGCCAGCCCUCCUCCUCCUCCUCCUCCUCCUCCUCCGCCGCCUCCGCCUCCCGGCCGGGAAGAGCUCGCCCUGCCCGCAGCAGCGCCGCUGGAUGCACUGAGCGCUCGGCCGCGGGGAGAGGGGCAGGAGGGAGCCGGCAGCCCCGCCGCGGAGGCGCUGCGCUGCCCGGAGCCCCACGGCCAGCUGCUUUAAUUCUUUUAUUUCACCCAAAUUUCCUUUCCUUCCCCCCCCUCCCCUCCCCUCCCCGCCUGCUGGUGGCUGGCUUUGCCCCUGCCUCCUCCUCUCAGCCCAGGCGGCGGCGGCGGCGGGGGCUGCUCGCUUUUUUUUUUUUUUCCCCCCUAUUUUUUUUUUUUUUUUUUUUUUUAAAAUUUUUAUCGCCGCCAUGGGAUGUACCCUGAGCGCCGAGGAAAGAGCCGCCCUGGAGCGGAGCAAGGCCAUCGAAAAGAACCUGAAGGAGGACGGGAUCAGCGCCGCCAAAGACGUGAAACUCCUCCUGCUCGGGGCCGGAGAGUCGGGGAAAAGCACCAUCGUGAAGCAAAUGAAGAUCAUCCACGAGGAUGGCUUCUCUGGAGAGGACGUGAAGCAGUACAAGCCAGUGGUCUACAGCAACACUAUCCAGUCACUGGCAGCUAUUGUACGUGCCAUGGAUACCUUGGGCAUCGAAUACGGUGAUAAGGAACGACGGGCUGAUGCCAAGAUGGUCUGCGAUGUCGUGAGUCGGAUGGAGGACACAGAGCCCUUCUCUCCAGAGCUGCUGUCAGCUAUGAUGAGACUCUGGGCAGACUCUGGCAUCCAAGAAUGCUUCAACCGGUCCCGGGAAUAUCAACUUAAUGACUCGGCCCAAUACUACCUAGACAGCUUAGAUCGAAUCGGAGCUGCAGACUACCAGCCCACGGAGCAGGAUAUCCUCCGAACCAGGGUCAAAACAACUGGCAUCGUAGAAACCCACUUCACAUUCAAAAACCUCCACUUCAGGCUCUUUGAUGUCGGGGGCCAGCGGUCAGAACGCAAGAAGUGGAUUCACUGCUUUGAGGAUGUCACGGCGAUCAUUUUCUGCGUGGCGCUGAGCGGCUACGACCAGGUGCUCCAUGAAGACGAAACCACGAACCGCAUGCACGAAUCGCUGAAGCUUUUCGACAGCAUCUGCAACAACAAGUGGUUCACAGACACGUCUAUCAUCCUCUUUCUAAACAAGAAGGACAUAUUUGAGGAGAAAAUUAAGAAAUCUCCACUGGCUAUCUGCUUUCCCGAGUAUACAGGCCCCAACGCUUUCACGGAGGCGGUGGCUUACAUCCAGGCUCAGUACGAGAGCAAGAACAAGUCGCCCAACAAGGAGAUCUACACGCACAUCACCUGCGCCACCGACACCAACAACAUCCAGUUCGUCUUCGACGCCGUCACGGAUGUCAUCAUCGCCAACAACCUGCGGGGAUGCGGACUCUACUAAAGCCCUCUCCUCCCCUCCUCAUCCUCCGGUCCCGCGGACAGGUCCUCUCUCCUCCUUUUUUUUUUUUUUCCUCCCCUCUUCAGAAGAUGUUGAGGAAGAAAUACGUAAAUCCCUCCUCCCGUCCCAGAAAACUUUGCAGCAAGUUCUGCUUUCCCCAGCCCCGUUUUAUUUGAUUUUUGGUUUAUUUUUAGUUCAUUCCCUUGCUGCCUGGUUCUACUCCUCCGUUCCAAUUCGCAGCGCUGUAGAGGGAGCUAACGCCUUUCCCACAAAGUGCAUUUCAGCUGCCAAAAGACGAAAAUACUUCAGUUUUAAAAAAAAGAAAAAAAAAAAUCAAAGCCUUAAAAUACUGGUCAGCACAGUGUAGUUUGGAACCAAAACUUUUCCUUUUCCUUGAAAUUAAGGGAUAUUUUUAAUUCUCCUGGUUAUUUAUCUUUUUUUUAAAAAAAACAAAACAAAACACAACAAAACACUAUUGCUUUAGGAAGUGCUAGAUACAACGUGAUCGUUUUGAGGGUACCCUACAGCUCCAGUUCCUUCCCUAAAGCCGGAGGGGCCGGUGUUGAACGCAGCCACCGCAGCUUGGAUUUGUAUAUUCUCCUUUUUUCCAGACAGCUCUUUGAACAAGUGAAACAGCCAUAUCGCGUUCUGCUGGUGUCUGAAUAAGAGGGACACAGUAACAAAACCUACUAAGCCUUGGUCUAAAAGCAUUCGUUACCGGUAACAGUUUUACCUCAAGUUUUUUGAAAUUAAUGUUAAAAUAUGUCUAGUGGUUUCAGUAGCGCGUUUCUGAUGCUGGAUGCCACGGAGCUGCUGGGCUUGGAGCCCUGGCGCGUAGGGAGCGAGGAUGCCCCGUGGAUGGCAUCCCGAAGGGGACCCGACGCGUGGGGACAUCCUGGCCGGGAUGCCAGGCUGGGUACCCAGCCACCCUUCCCAAAGCACCUCCCAGCCUCCUGAUUUCAGCGCAGCCGAUGCUCCUGCGGCAUCACUUUCCAAACUUUGGCCUUAAAAUGCUGGGGUGCACCCAAAAAUGUCUAGCCCUGGCCUCUUGUAGGCAGGGUUUGACCUUCAAGUACCUGAAAUGCCGAGAGGUGCUUUGGGGAACGGCACAAUGCUUGGGUGACAGCGGGGUGUGCAGGAGCCGAGCAGCUCUUCAUCGCACCUCAGGCGUCUAAAGACCCUGAGAAGCCCGACCUUGCACCCUGAGCCUCCUUGGCCGAGCAGAAGCAGGUAGCUUGCCUAUGUCAUCUCCUGCCUGGGCGUCCAGCAGAGACAGCUCCAGGUUUGGUGUCUCCAGUCAGGGCAUCUCUUUACCAGUAUCUAAAGUGAGAAGGGAUGGUUUAUACUGGCCGUGCAGUGGCAAGGGAGGGCUCAGGGAGCUGAUUCGAGCCAAGUGAUGGAAUAGGGUGGAAAAGCACAUGGAAGAGAGGGAAGGGAGGGAAGGAGGGAGGGAGGGCAGGAGGAGAGAUGUGGAAAGGGCAAGGGUAGCACCCAGCAGAGCAGGACAUGGGGGCACGGAGAGGAGAACAAACGUGGCUGGGCUGGGGCACACGUGGCCAUCCGCCUGCUGUCGCCAAGAGCCCUGGGUGCUAUUGGGGUGAAGGCAAAGAAGGGGUGUGUGAGAGGUGGGGUCUCACCUCUGGCAGCACGGAGGGACCCUUCGAAGUCCACCCCAAAAGCUCAUUUGGUGCCUGGGUGAGACGGCCACCUCUGAGGUCCCAUUGGCAUGGCACCUGGGGGCAGGCAGGCAACACGGAUCCCUACCUCUUCUUUGCCUCUCCAAAAAGUCCACGAUCUUGGAAAACGUGAGUCUUUCCAGGCCAGCCACAUGUUCAGCUGUCCUCUCUUGGGAGCCCGGGUGUCUUCCGUGUCUCAGGAGGUCUGAGUUUUGUCCAGUGCCACGCCUGAGAGGGACAAUGUCUCUUUCCUCGCUGUGCCCAUCUAGGAGAGGUGGCGUGAGAGCUGCCCCAAGGCAAGGGGAGGCAGGGGAAGGAGCAGGUAGGGUGGCACGGGAGGGAGAGGACCGGUAGGGAGGAGUGGGACAGAAGUUGCGGAAGGGAGAGGAGGCAGGUUGAGGCAGCAGGGAGGAUGGGAAGAGGAGGGCGGAGGAGUCUCCAUCAGAGGCUGCGCUCUGCUGGGACCCUGCUGGUGGGACAUCCAUGACAAAAGCCCAGCCGGGGAUGUUAGCGGGAGCGUCGCGGGGCAAGCGGGGGGAGAACAAGGGGGCUCUGGCCCAUCUAAGCAGCUCCCGGCCCAGCUUGGUUGGCAGCGGUGUCAGUAACCCCUAGGUAGAGUUAAAUUAAUAAUACCGUGUUUAGUACUGUGCAGUGCGGACACUGCUGCUCUGCUGGACUCUAACAGCAAUAACGCCAGGGGCUUCCCACCUUUCUCUUCACCAUCUCAGCCUUAAAAUACCUCCGGCACCAUCAGCUCUCACGGAGAGCUGGCCGGCCAGCAAAGCCGGGAGCUCCUCUCUGCUCCCCACACCACAUCCCACCCACAUGGCAUGUUUUCCAGGGCCCCAGCCCCUCUCCCAGCUCCAUUUAAUGCCGGCGCAAUCUGCCGUACGGCCGUGAACCAAAGCAACACCGCCCGCAAGGCCUGUGCAUUUAAUUACGUUUGGUUUAGCUUAGGGUUUUCAGAGUCGAUGGGAAGGAUUUCCAAAGAAAGGAUUUCCAGUGGGAAGCACCUGCCCGGUUCUCUGGUUCCUUGGACAGGACCAGCCGCAUGUCCCAGCCCUGGAGACUAAAGCCCAGGGAAUGACGGUAAAACGCAACCAACCUGUUCGUUUUUGCGGGAAGAGGAGUUCAGUGCAUAAAUAGGCGAUGAGAAAAAGAAGUAGGCAGGGCUCGGAUCCACCCCCGCCAAAUUUCCCCCCGACCCCAGGCCAAGCUUUCUGCUCGCGUGCCCUCCGCUCAUCUCAGAGGUCGUUUUACUCCAGGUGAAAGCUGGGCUGCGGUCUCAGGUUGUUGAAUUAGUCCAGUCCCUCGCUUUGCUUCCCAAGGCAGUGUAUGAUGGCACUGGGAUGGUGCUCCCGCCGCAGAGGGGACAGGGAAUUAGCUGGCGGGAUGCAGAGGGACAGGGAUGCUCCCGGAGCACGUCCCAUGCUGGCGGCCAGGUCCCACCAGUAUCACCUAGUGUUUAAAUGUGCGCCGAGUGUCAAAGUAAGGGCGGAAAAGCUGAAUGUUGGUUACCUUUGGUAUGUAAAGUGUACGUAACGCCUGGACUCAGAGUGAAGCACCGGAGUUGUGCGCCCAUGACUUGCGCGGGCAGCGAGGCAGGUCUCGAUAAAGCUGUUUGAGAAGGAUUCCAUCAGCAGCACGGGAGGUUUGGAGGUUGUCCGUUCCCACCCCUUGCCGUGGGCGACGUUUUAUCCCAGCAAAUAAGGGGCAGAAGCUAUUCGCAGUGAAGGCAGCACCAAGCCAAGGCUUCAGGGCUUCCCAGCGUAAAGCGCACGGGAAUAUUUUGGUAAAGACAAUUUAAAUUAACUCAACCCCAAACGCUACCGAAUGCAGCCGAGUCACCAGUCGCGGUUGGGUGCGCUUGUGUUACGUUCCGGGCUGGAUUCAGGCAGCCCGUGCCCGGCUGUGCCGGCUGGGGGGGUCCAAACCCCCUCCUGCCUUCCCCGGCACGUUGGUGAUAACCGACGGCUGGUGCUCCACGGGGGAGAAAAGGGAGAAAAAGAGAGGGAGGUGUUGACACACGGAGCCUUUUCUUUCAUUUUCUUUGGCAUAUUGUAUGUCUAAAGCUUCGUUUCAGCCGCUGCCGAACGCAUGAGUGUCGUGAGGAUUCGCUGACGAAGGCUGGAAGCGGCGUGUGGAAGAUGAAAUGCUUCCAGUGUUCAACACCGCUAUUUCUCCCGCCCGAUGGCCAAGUAUAGAUUUUUGUCUCCAGAGCGCCUGCCAAAGCAUUGCUCACCCCGGGCUUUCUGCGUCCUCCCCAGCUGUUUCUGACAGAUGUGCCUGCUGCGGGCAAUCUUUUGCCCCCCGCUUUUUCUAAACGCCAGCAAUCCUUGCAGCCGGUGCCUGGAAAGAAGACCUUGAAAGGCAUCGCCUGCUUUCAAAAGCCCUUUUCUUACUAGCCCCCCUUGUGCUCGGCCAUUGCCAUGUCCCCCGGACCAGCCGGGGCCCCGAGCUGGGCUGAAUUCGCAGCUUCCCUGUAGGGGGGACGUUGCGGCUGGUAGAGAUGCAACAGAAAUCUUAUCUGGGGCACGGGGGACACGUUUUAAAAGCACAGCGAUUCGCGGAAUCGAAACGGCUAUAUUCGUAUCCGCCCUGCCGCCCUUCAAAGCUAACGUGGGAAUUGGCAAAUGAUGCCCUUUUUGGGAUGCAGGAGGUUUUUAUUGACUCGGGUCACUUGUCCAGCAGCAGCAUCUGAGGGGCAUCGUGUCAAUAGCAGCGUUAGCAACUCGCGGUGAGCUUCAGACAGUGGCCAAAAGAAAGAAGGAAGCCCCCUCGCCCCAGCUUGUUCCAUCACCAGUGAGAGGGUCAGGUGUGAGAGGAGCCCUGUGAGCAAAAACAUGCAAAUAGCUCCUUUAUUUAAACAACAAUUCCAAUUAAAUGGAGCAACCUGUAGAAGGAAAGCCUUGCCGUGAGCCUGCAGGGUUGGCUGCAGGGUUACGCCGUGCUCCUUGGGAGGAUGCGGUGGCCGGGCUCGUUAGGAAAGCUAGCAAUAAACACGCACUGGGAAAGCACAAGUUAAAAUACAGCCGCGUACUUCAAAGGCCGGGUUUUUAUCUUUAGCAAAUAGAGUUGACUCUCUGGUGUUUCCACGCGGCCGGAGGAGCCCAGCCGAGUGGGCAGCGAGGCCAUCUGCUCCCUCCGUCUGCUGCCACCAGUGCGUCCCUGCUGGCCCUGGCCUCCCGCGGGGACCCGGCCGGGUCCGGCAAGGGGUCAGGUGGCUUCCCACCACCCCCGACCCUGAACUUCUUCCGACUUAAUCUCUCUCAGGAGUUUCGUACGAGAAUUCUCGCCGCUUGCCUUCAGCCAGCUUUCCUGGCUGGCCGGCCACCCAGCCUGUCCCCCCGCGGAGGGGAGAGCAUCCUUGGGAGGAGGCUGCCGUGCCUCCUCGGUAGAGGGGAUUUUUGUUUUACAGGACACCGAAAGUACCCGUCAGAGGGGUCUGUGCUGCGAUGUACAUUAAUGAAAUGCAGCUGGUGGUUUUAAUCUGUUGUGGCACGAGCUCAGCGCUGGCCUGCAAGGGAAGGGGCUUCGUCCUCGGGCCAGGAACGCGAUCUCCGGAGGUCAGGAUGGGACGUGGGUGAUGUCCUUUCGCCAGGACAUCCCGGUGUGCCCAGUGGCUGCCGUGUGAGGCAUCGGGCAGGGCGACAAGGCACGGGGUUCAGCUGGGGGUGGCAGGCGUCACCCCCGGGGGAAUUGUGCAGUUAAUGCCGUGAAAGGGACCAACACUGUUAGCCUGUGCCAUGUGUCCAAGCAUUUUGUGGCCAAAAGAAAAAUAAUCUCCUGGAGCCAGGGAGAGUUGUUGAGUUCCCGGGAACAAGGCUGACCGUUUGUCAAGUCGGUUAGAGGAGCUUAGUACUAGUGUGUUUGUGUCUUUGUCACGGGCCGGGUUUGCUUUCAGGCUUACGACCAGAAACUCCGCAGCCAUUUCCAAGGAGGUUCAGACACUCAGGUUUCAUGACCUGACGCGUCGAGGUCGGUAGGGAUGGUGCUGCUGAGCGUCAUCCUGAACCACCCAAACCCAUCGCCCGCUCGCGUCCCCACGGCGCGCACGCGGCAGAAAGCGGGGACGUGGCGCGGGUGGCACAAAGGAGCAGACCGGGGCCCUGCCUCCGCCUCCCCGGAGGACAGAGCAGACAGAAACGCUCGCCCAAAGCGCCCCGAGACCGCAGCGGACGUUAUCGUUUCCGAGCUCCUGCAGCGACACGAGAUAAUUGAUGGCGACAGCUAUAGGGACGUGACCUAUAUAAGACGUAAGGCUGAGGACGUGGCGAUGGAAAGGGACUUCUCACAGGCCCACUGGUGUCCCAACCAGCAGCCCGUGAGCUCUUUAUUCAUGCUGCAAAGGCUAGCUACCGCACCACCAUUAAACGCUGGUGUCUUAAUAAGAGCAGGAGGACCAAAGCCUCCCGGCUGGAAGGAGAGGGGAGGGAGCGGGACUGGGGACAGGGCAGGGACAUCUCCGUCUCCCAGGGAGGGCAGCUCCGUGCUCCGCGGGCAGUGGGCGCAGCAGGGAUGGGGAGGAGAGAUGUGGGGAGGCGCUUGGGGGCUGGGAGCCACAACCCGGCACUCGCCGCCCCGGCCCCUCGCCCACCCAGCGCCUGGGGAAUUAACGUCGAGAUCCAGAUCCCCACCGUCCUGUAGUGCAGGUGAGCGGCUCUGGGUCUAAACCCCGCAUCCUCCAGCUGGGGAGAGGAGAUCGUAGCCAUUAACAGCACCAUUUUCAGCAUUGCCUGAGUCUCACCAGCUUUUCCAGUGCCAGAGCAACCCAGCGGCGCUGGGUGAGCCAAUACGGUUGUUUAAAGACCAGCCAUUAAAUAGCCCGGUCCCUAAUUAAACAUCCUCAGCCCUAUUCCCCCCCUCCCCCCCGCCUUUCCCCCCUUCAGCUCGACAAGGGAACAGUGACCGUCACCCCGCUCCCACCGCAUUUCUUCCCGAAGGAUCGCCGGAGGCCGCCACGAUUUCCCCUUUGCUGGUUUCCCGCUGAAUUGUUUCUCCUGCAUGUUUGAUGGCCCAAACUGUAUUAACUGUAAUUUUGUACGAAGAGUGACUGUCCGUUGGUUUAAUAGAGCAUUAGUUAUUGUAAUAAUUUAUUGGCUGUCGGUAAUGUAUUUAUUAGUUACAAAAUGUUAAUAAAGUGCCAGCUCUUUUCUAGCGUGAGAGGGUUUUUAUUGUGUCUCCCUUGAGCGUGUCCAGCUUCUCCAGCCCGUGACUUGCCCUGUGUAUGCUCCGUGCGCACACGGGUACGAUACGCACCCACCGCGUGGGUCGGCUGCCACAGCCUCCUUCGCUUGGAAAUACGGCAUUUGGAAAGGAUAUAACCCAAAGGUGUUUCGUUCUGUGGAAGUAUUCGGCGGGAAUUGUUUUUUUCCCUUUUGCUUUUGAGUAGGACAGCUUUACCGUGGUUUCUUUUCGUCCCUUGGCUUCUUGAAGUUACCCUUCUCCUCCUCAACUCCCUUGCCCUGCGUAUCGACGGCUGACCAUCCACGCUUUGACUCCGGCGCUGCCGGCCUCCCUGCUGGCGUCCGUCUGCCCGCGUCCCGCUGCCCUUUUGGUGGCGAUGCUCAGCGCGGGCACCGGCAGGGCAGAGCGUCCCUCCCGCCCCGCUGCUGCCUCCGGUAUCUAUUACGAACCAAGAAACAAGCUUCGCGUUUCUUUUCCGCCGUCUCUUCACGCCAGCCCUGCCAGCACAGAACCAAAAGAGCCGUUUCUGGUUCAAUUCAGUAAACGGUGCUCCCCCCCCCCACACUCCCCUUGCGAUAACAUCGUACCCGGAGCACCUCUCCCUGCCUCUGAAAUAACGCUUGCGCCAGUUUGUUCUUUUUGUGUUUCAACGAAACACCUUCCGUUAUUUGGGGGGCGUGAAAUAGGAGCGAAGAACUUGAAGAAACUUGAAGAAAUUUUCCGUAAACCUCAGCAAAGGGAAAACUAACCAUUAUUGCUGUUGACUUCACCCAUCCCCAGUGACAUAACUCCAGCUGGACCCAUCCCCGGACACGUGUCCCCGCACAGCCCGUCCUGCACAUCCGACGGAAUUACAGGCCAGCUCUGAGGAAAAACUAACAGCCGAAAGGAUUUUUCUUUGUAUAUUUGUAUCGGGGAUUAUUUUUUUUUUUUUUUUUAAGUUUCCUGUGGGAUGCCUGUGCAGGGGUGCAGGGCUCGGAAAUCACCGGGGUUAUUUUUCUUGUGCUUGGGAUUUUCAUUCCCCCGGGCACCUGCUUCGUUUCCGCUCCUCCACUUCAUUUAAAUAUAAUAUACAUAUGCAACAACAAGGGGCGGGGGGGGACCACAACAAAACACGCAGAUACUUCUCGUAAAAAUCUCAAGAUGCAGAAUUUUUGCAGCAGCCACAAGUCAAGAAGAACCACAUCGUUUUGUGGCGGUUUCUGUUUUCCACAGGAAUAAGAUGGUUGGGUUUUUUUGUUUUUGUUUUUUUUUUUUUAAAAAAAAAAAGAUAAGGAUCAAAUGAUCCCGAAGCUUUGGAAAGCGACUGCUUGGCAUCCCUGGCUACUCUUUGUCAAGGAGGCGACGGCGCGCUCCGAAAGCCUCUCCAGAUGAGAUGAGACAUCUGCUGAAUUUUGCAUGCGGAGCUGCAGCUGAAGUGUAGCUAAUAAAAUGACUCACUAAUAAAACAUUCAUGGAAAACUCCAAAAUGUGUAAUUGGGUCAUCACUUCAUGAGGAAACACGUGCGUUCUCGCAAGUCCAAACCCCGCCCCCCCCCCACCGCCGCCUUGCUGCACCUCCAAAAAAAAAAAAAAAAAGGGGGUUCUGGGGGGGGUAUUUGCUGCAGGGGCUUCCCACCCACUGCUGAGCACCUUGGCUGCCCGGAGCACCUCUCCGCUGCUCCCAGCAUCACGCACGGCUUCUCCAAACACGGGUGUCCCCGUGUGAGGGGCAGCAGGGAUCUGGCCUUGGGGUGGGGGGGGGGGGGGGUGGGAACGGUCUCAGCCCCAAGAAGGGGUUGCAGAGAGGGGCACGGAGCCAGGGGGAGCAGCUUUGGACUUCGUCGAGUUCUUGCACCAGGAGCUUUGCAAGUUGGAGUAAUGGACUAGGUGGGUACCGGCAACGGAGAAGGUGCCCCAAGCGUCUCCCAGUGCUGGCAGCGGAGCAGCAGGGAACGGUUUUCUGGUUAUUCUAAGAGCAAGUUAAUGAUGGAGAAGAGUUUUUGAGAGCUCCUAGAGAGCCGAUUCGGUCCUGUCCGGCUUCACACUAACGGCGAGCGCAUGUGCCUGCCCGCACAGACACCCCGCGGCCGCUGGAGUGAAGCACUAAAACCCUCUGCUCGAUGGUGCCCUGCGACGGCGGAUCCCGCACAGGACACCCUCACCCUCCUCCUCCUCCUGUCCUUCUGUCCGCUCUCCACUCCCUUCCGGGAAUAACUCACAUAGCAUGGGGGAAAAUGGCUUUGUAUGGCUUUUGUCCACAUGUAAAAGGGCAAUUAACUUUUUUAAAAAAAAAAAAGUUACAGCUCUUCAAGAUUUGCCUCUGUUUGUGCUCCUACUAAAACUCUUCCAUGCUUAAAGCCUCCCUGGAGCAGCUCGCAAGCCAGGAACGCUCGGGAGAGCUGCGUGGUGGGCUGGCAGAGGCACUGCAUUGGUUUCAUCGAAUGGUCUGGGUUGGAAGGGACCUUAAAGCCCACCCAGUGCCACCCCCUGCCCUGGGCAGGGACACCUCCCACCACACCACGUUGCUCCAAGCCCCGUCCAGCCUGGCCUUGAACCCCUCCAGGGAUGGGGCAGCCACAGCAGCGCUGGGAUGUCUCGGCAGCGACCCGGCCACCACCAUGGUCUUUUCAAAGGAGAUUUUUCCCCAGGGGCAGAAGGGCCCAGCUGGGACAGGACCUGCCUCUGGUACCCUUCCAGGCGGGUCCAUAGAACCGAGACAGCCAAAACUCCCUCCAUCCCAGUCCCCAUGCCCGGUGCAUCCCAGCUGCUGGCUGGCGUUGGCCGUCCAUCCCUUAUUUAGGCUCUGCAAGCGAUGCCUUGGGGGUGCCCAGCCCCUGGAGAGAUGCAGACGAGACCAGAAAGCUGCAGCCCCUUUCCCAGCUCCUCACUUGAUGCAGGUGAGGAGAAAAUGAGGGGUUUUUUUCUGCUCUUCCUUGAAGCUUCGGGCGCCAGCCCUGCUCAAGCAGCUGGCGGAGAGGCUCUGCAGGGGGGCAGUGGAGGAUCAGCUGCAUCCUCCAGCCCAGGAUGAGACCAAAACUCUGUUUCCUCCACCUUUGUAACCAUCUCACAUUUACCACUGUCCUGCUUUAGAGAUUUUUAUUGUUAUUUUUUUUUUCUUUCUAAGCAUUUCAAUUCAGGCAAAUGUUCUCCUCUCCUCUAACUCUCUCUUUCUCUCUGCCUUUCUCUCUCCCCUCUCCUCC